AUGGACUUCGCAGCCACCACCGUGAAGUUGCCAGACGGCGAGUACGUGCCCUUCCUCUUCACUGUCAAGGAGCUCGUGGCCAAGGGCGAGGGCAGCUCCUUCAAGCCGGGCUUCACCUGGGGCGGCGAGUUCACUGUGCCCUCCUACCGAACGGGUGGUUUCCUUGACCCUAAGGGCCGAGGUAUGUACCUCGGUUACGACCAGGCCGUGGCCCUGCCGGCCAUGCAGUCCGAUGGCCAGGGUGGCCAGGAGGAGCUCUUCAAGGAGACCAACAAGGUGUUCGACAUCGGCAAGGGUGUCAUUGAGAUGGAGGUCAACAAGGUGAACCAGGAGCUCGGUGAGAUCGGCGGCGUCUUCGUGUCCAAGCAGCCCUCCGACACCGACAUGGGCGCCAAAGCUCCCAGGACUAUACUGCUCAAGGGCAUCUUCUACGGCAAG